UUACAAUGAGCCAGCGUCCAGGCAGCAGGGAGACAUCAGUGGGUUUUCUCUUUAUCAGCCUGAAAGGUAGAGACUGUAAGGGAAGGUGUUGUAUUAGGAGUCCAGGGUCCUCCAGUUCAGAAGACAAAGAUCAGUCCUUGAGAACACACAGCAUGGCCACCAGUGAUUUGGCAGUAGGAAUGGUCUUCUUACUACACACUGUAAUCGGAGUUUUGGGGAAUUUCUCUCUUCUUUAUCAUUUUCUCUUCCUUUACUUCACUGGGUACAGGCUGAGGCUCAUCAAUUUGAUUAUCAACAACCUGAUUGUGGCCAACUUUUCAGUUCUGUUUUCUAGUGGACUCUCCUAUACCUUGGCAUCCUUUGGGUGGUAUCAUCACUUCAGUGAUUUUGGAUGCAAAUUUUUCCUCUAUGUACGUGGAGUGGGCAGGGGUGUGUCCAUUGGCACCACCUGCCUUCUGAGCAUCAUCCAAGCCAUCACCAUCAGCCCUAUGAACUCCAGACACAAGCAGAGGGUCCAACACAUUCACAGAACCCACCUCUUCUCUCCAUCUGCUCCUGAGGCCAGAGCUACCAAAACCAUUCUUCUCCUGGUGAGCACAUUUGUCUUUCUGAACACCCUUUCUUCCAUCUUUCAUAUUCUUUUAGCUAUUUUAAAUAAUCCCAACUGGUUCAUCUGGAAUACCAGUUCAGUACUCACUCUGAGUUUCCCAACUGUAAGUCCCUUUCUGAUCCUGAUCCGUGACUCCAGUGUGUCCAGGCUCAGCUUUGCCUGGCUAAGGAAUAUAAAGUCCCCUAAUAUUAUGAGAAAUAUGUCAGUUGUAUGUAUUUGUAUAAUGUUCAUUUGGUAAUUCACUCAUCCCUCUCAGAGGGAUAUAUGCCUUUAUGAAUAUAUUGCCGUGAAAUGGUAAACAAGUGUUGGUAAGCACUUUCGUCAAUGU